AUGUCAUCUGCAAACUUACUUGACGCAUACGACUACAUUAUUGUUGGAGGUGGCACAGCUGGUUUAGUUGUAGCAUCUCGUCUGAGCAAAGACCUUCAUGCUACUGUCUUGGUUAUUGAAGCCGGAAAAGAUCAUCGAGAUGAUCCACUGGUGUCAACUCCAGGGCUCCUCGCUUUGCUAUGUGGUAACGACAGCUACGAUUGGAAAUUCAUCUCGACACCCCAGUCUGGCCUAAACAAUAGAGCUCUCAGCUUAGCUCGAGGCAAGGGCCUUGGUGGCAGCUCAGCCAUUAACUUCAUGCACACUGUCUAUCCUACAGCGGCAUCAAUCGACGCAUGGCUUAAACUGGGUAAUCCAGGGUGGUCAUACCAAGAUCUCGCACCCUACUACCAGAAGUUUGGUACAAGACAUGCCCCAACCGACGAGAUACGUACAAUCACUCGUAUAAAGCGAGUAGACGACAGUCUUUCCGGCUAUGGACCUAUCCAAAUGUCUUAUGGUCAAGGAUUUGGUGUUACCAACUCUGCGUGGAUGGAUGCACACACCUCUCUGGGCUUAAAAGAGACAAAUGAUCCGAUAUCAGGGAGCAUAACCGGCGCAUUCCAGAAUGCCGCAAGCAUCCAUCCAACCACUAAAACACGCAGUUACGCAGCUUCAGCAUAUUAUGAUUCCCAGAUCAGACAAAGAUCAAACUUGACGGUUCUAACGGAGGCCAUUGUAACUGUGAAAGCUCAGCGAGAGGUUAUUCUUGCUGCCGGCACAAUUCAAUCACCUCAAAUUCUAGAAGUUUCAGGUGUUGGUGGAAGCAAGUUGCUCGAUGCUUUGGGAAUUGAUGUUAUUCUCGAUAUUCCCGGAGUUGGAGAGAAUUCACAAGACCAUGCUCAAGUGUGUCAAAGCUACGAAGUGAAGGAUGGUAUUCCAUCGAUCGAUAUGUUCCGGGAUCAGGAGCUUGUCGGUGCUGCUAUCGCGCAGUACCGGAUCAACGGAGAUGGUCCACUGGGCACCAAUGCUUCUAAAUCAAAGAAGAUCUUGCUCGAUGAAUUCGUGGCAGAUUCAUCAGAGCGGAACGUGAUACUGAAAGAGUUACUGGUGGAAGCUGGCGCUCCCGCUUUAUCAUAUGUUACUUUCCCAGGCCAAAUUAACACAGACAUUAAAGAUCUUACCAACUUUUCGAACUAUACUGCACCAGCCAAGCCAGAAAACUAUUUCACGAUACUUAACGCACUCGGACACCCGUUCUCACGCGGCACUUGCCAUAUUACUUCGCAAAACAUUGAUAUUCCUCCUACGAUUGACCCGGGAUAUUUUAAGCACCCGGUAGAUUUGGAAAUCUUGAGCCGAAGUGUAAUGUUUGCAGAGAAACUUAUGGCCACUGAGCCUUUAAGUUCGGCUAUUCUUGCUCAGCCAAACGGAAAGCGACUUCCAGAAACGAUACCAAGUACACUUGAGAAAGCUAAGCAUAUCGUUGAGGAGCGUGUUAUUUCUAACAUGCAUCUAUGUGGAACAUGCCCCAUGAUGCCACGCGAAGACGGUGGUGUGGUUAACAAUCGCCUCCUGGUUUAUGGCACGAGGAACUUAAGAAUUGUUGACGCAAGCGUAUUUCCGCUCAUACCAGUAGGUAAUAUCAUGACGACCGUGUACGCUGUUGCAGAAAAAGCGGCAGAUCUAAUAAAAGAGGACCAGAAGUAG